UAGAGGGGGCGGAGACGCUCACCGUUCCAUUACACGGGUCCGUUUCUCCCGGUCGUGUUCAGUGCAGCAGCUACAAGAUCUGAGGAAACUCACCCACUCCCGUGUCUCGGAUACUUUACGGUCCCACGGACGCGCCGCCCGCCCGGUCUCCAAUCACCCGUUCAGUUUGGCCCCGGGAAUCGAGAACAGUCCCGUCUUGAGAUGAUGUUGAGUCUCGGUCUGUUCGUGUCCCUGGUGUUUUUGACGGUGUCGGUUACCGGCAGCAGUGACGGAAACCCGCUGGACAAUGAUAAGUGGAUGAGCACCGUGUCCCAGUACGACAAGAGCAAAUACUGGAACAAAUUCCGCGACGACGAUUACUUCAGAACCUGGAACCCCAACAAAGCACAAGACCAAGGGCUGGACAGCACUAAAGACCCCUGUCUGAAGGUUCGCUGCCCUCCUCACAAAGUGUGUGUGAGCCACGACUUCCAGACGGCCAUCUGCACCAAUCACAAACCAGCACAGCACAGUGUUAAACCCAGGAACGGAAAUCUUCCCCAUAAGCGUUGGAUGGGAGCUAUGAAUCAUGGGAAAUGUAGGCCAUGUCCUGUAGUUCACUCCGACUCAGUGUGUGGCUCGGAUGGACACACAUACUCCUCAAAGUGUAAACUUGAAUUCCAGGCCUGCAGCUCUAGUAAGAGCAUCUCUGUGAAGUGUGAAGGGCCGUGUCCCUGCCUGCCAGGACCGGAAGUCAUCAAAUCACACACAGAGAAGAACGGCUGCAGUGAUGCUGAUUUGAGAAGUUUAGCAUCCAGACUCAAAGACUGGUUCGGGGUUUUGCACACGGACGCCAACAGAGACCUGAAGACCACCACGAGCGACACUGCACAAGGACGUUUCGACACAAGCAUUUUACCCAUCUGUAAAGAUUCUCUCGGGUGGAUGUUCAACAAGCUGGACAUGAACUACGACCUCCUCCUCGACCAAUCAGAGCUCAGCGCCAUUUACCUCGACAAAUACGAGCUGUGCAUGCGGCCGCUGUUCAACUCCUGCGACUCCUUUAAAGACGGAAAGCUGUCCAACAACGAGUGGUGUUACUGUUUCCAGAAACCUGACGGCAUGCCAUGUCAGAAUGAGAUGAACAGAAUUCAUUCUCAAAGCCGAAGGAAGACACUGAUAGGGACGUAUGUACCGCGCUGUACUGAAGACGGUUAUUUUAAGGCCACUCAGUGUCAUGGCAGCACCGGUCAGUGCUGGUGUGUCGACAAAUACGGCAACGAGAUUGCAGGAUCCCGCAGACAGGGCAACCCUACCUGUGAGGAGGAUCAGGAGACAUCUGGAGAUUUCGGCAGCGGUGGUGCCGUGAUUCUACUGGACGAUCAGGAGGAGUCUCCGCAGCGUGGGCGGGGUCGACAGAAAGAGAGGCGGGGUCGACUCCACCCCCGCGGGACGAUCGAGGAUGACGAAGACGGAGAGGAUGACGAGAUUGGCUACGUCUGGUAGCUCCGCCCACCCAUCUUCUGUUAAUUAACCAGGGACCCAUGUUAAAAUGCACAGUUCUGAAGCCAUUCCAGCUCCGCCCCUCGGACACGCCCCCUUCGUCCUGCCCCGCUCUCAUUCUGGAUCUGAACUUGUCCUCCUCAUUCUCUCUUUCUUUAGCCGCCUCUUCAUGUUCUGUCCUCUGUCUUCCCUCGUUCAAACACUCCUCUAGUGUUCUAGAUGCGGCUCUAGACGGUAGACGCGCAUGACGAGAUUGUUAAGCAUUUCGGGGCUUCUUACCAGUUCUACGUAAGAUCUUUUAAAAGGGUUCGUUCUCAGUGGUGGUAUGCAUGAACGCCACUGUAGAAUGCAUGAAACUGAGACCUUUGAGGGUGAGGAUCAGGUGGGCUUAAGCCAAACGCGCACUACAAGACUGAAGCUCAUCAUGCUUUCAUGUUCUAAAUCUGCCACAAGAGGCUGCAGAUCGUAGCGCAUGCUCGUCAAUAAUGGUCUCUUUGUGUGAGACACGUUGCAACUAGUCAGACAUGCUAUAAUACAUUUAAAACUAUUUAAAAUCUGAGUAAAGAGCAACAGCAAUGAGCUAAUGAGAUUGCGAGAG